CCCCUUGGCCACGUUACUACGACCUACCAGUCUUCUGGGCUCUACUAUUCGGGGCUACCAAGUACCAACCGAACGCCGUGGGACCCACCACCACUCCACGCCCGCCAGUCGACGCCAAGCACCCAAACGGUCCAGACCCGUCCUUCCUACGGCUUCCUUACUGCUUACCGCUCCCUGCCGGCUCCCUGGCCCAUUACACGCCGCACACGACUGGCACCCUGCACCCUGCCGGCUCCCAGCCAGUAAGGCCCAAACCGCUCUCCUCGGCGAUCCCCUCGGCGAGCCCCUCGCCCGGUCGCUGCGAGCGGACCGCGACGCUCCUUCGCGCUCGCGCCCGGUUUUCGACGCCCCUGUUACCAUUGGGCCCACUGGGACCGCUGCUGGGACCGCUGCCUGGAAACACUUCGGAUCUGCCGACCGGUAGCCAACCCGGCGCUAUCCAUCCACCUCCGAGAAGGCCCGUGAUCUCAUCCAAGGAGGCGAGACCAGGCGGGAGGAGACCCACCGGCCACCAAGACAGACAAAGAGAGAGCCCCUCUACAAAAGAGUGGGGAGGAUCCCAGAGAGACAGAGAAAGAGAGAGCAGAGAUAGAGAGUUCUCGUCUGGCAGAAGAGGGAGCGGUGGGAAUUUAUAAGGAUGUUCGCGAUAAUGCCGAUGGAGACAGAGGGGCACGGCAGGGAGUUCGGCCGGCGGCAGAAGAUGCGCGCCAAGUGCACCGUCGAGUUCGUCUGCAAGUACUGCCAGCGACGCUUCACCAAGCCCUACAACCUCAUGAUCCACGAACGCAGCCACAAGGACGACGUCACCUUCACCUGCGAGGUCUGCGGCAAGUCCUUCAAGCGGCAGGACAACCUCAAGCAGCACAGGAGCAUACACUCCGUUCCCUACAAGGGCUCCAACGGCUACUCGAAUGGCUAUUCGAAUGGCUAUUCAAACGGCUACUCUAGGUACUAGAAGGCCGUUCCUGCCAAGAGACCCCGACCCCGCAGAACCCCAUCCCCUAGGGACCUCAUGUAGCGCUCUAAUGUACCCCAUCGCCGUCCUAACCCCACCCUGGGCCAUCCUAACCCGCCCCCCAGUCCCGGAUCGACGCGAAACGCGACUUCGAUUUCGCCUGAAAAUUAGAGGGAACGAGGGAAAGAAUGAAAGAGGGAGGAAAGAGGAGAAUGGGAGUGAGCACCGCUGCGCAACUGGCCCGGAUCGGAGCAAGAAUGGGCCCCUGGUUUGGGCUAGGGGCUGACUGGUUCGUUGGGCCGAUGUCAGCCGCGGAUUGGAUCUGAAUUCGGCAUAAAUGGAAUUGGAAGUCCACGAACAACCGGGAGGAAGAAAUUGGAUCUUUUUCAUCGGAAGGAAUCGAGGAGGGCAACAAUUGGGCCCUAUUCGUGGGCCUCUGGUCUUUGGCGGUGGUAACCGAGUUUAUGAACCAAGCCGAUCUUCGCCUGGCUGAUGUCCUAAAUUGGAAUACAUAAUAACCGACCAUCCGUUCCUCGGGGAUGCUACCGAAGUAUACUAAGCCGUGGCUACCGUGAACCACGCCCAGGCCCGGGGCGACAUCGGAAGAUGGGCCUUACCACCUGGGACCCUCUGAGUCGGUCCGCUCAACUGAGUCCAUCCUUCCUUCCGAGCUUCCUGCCGAAGAACGCUCGUCACUUAACGAACAGAGGCGACCCCCAGCAACGACCAUCUUCCCCGAGAUUGGGACCGACGUAAGUCCCAUUCUCACGUCGGCAGAAAUUGAGAUCGAAUCCUGAAAUGACCCUCACCGACGUUUAUUCUUCGCUUCAAAGACAAGGGAUCAAGACCAACGAACGCGUUAACUUCGUCAGUGGACCUCCGGCCCAAUAUUUGGGCCCGCUCGAUUGGGACCAACAUCAAGAAGCACCGAGUCGGAGCAUCUCAGCUGGCCCCCCGAUUUCCCGAGAAUCGAAGGCAUCUUCAAAAUCUCUGAAAAGAAGACUCCUCGGGAUUUCAACAUCAGGCCCAAUAUGGUCAUCGGUUCCAGUUCGUCCGGGAUUACUUUUGGGGAUGCCGUCGCGAGUUCGCGAUUUCGGAGCUACCGUGGGCCCCGCCCAGGCCUGAAGCGAACCUGGGAAUCGGGCCCUGCCAUUUGGGACUGUCUCGACGGGCCCUAUCGGAAACGGGGCCAGUUUCCGUCACGAGGGACGACCUUACCGCCAAGGAUGAAGCACUCGACCCCUGGGACACUCAUCUCUGACGACGUUCGCUUCUUUUCCACCAGGUAAACAUCGGGCCCAACUUGUCGGUUCCACUUUGUCCAGGCGCCGGGCCCGAUCGAGCGGACCGAUCGGACUCGGAAUCGGGCCCGAUUGGCCGUGACGUUCGGGACCGAUCGUGAUCGAUCGCGACCGACUUGGUCACGCCGAUCUCCCUCCAACAUUUCCCCUCGUUUCUCUAGGCGCCAUCUUUCUUUCGCGCCGCGAUCGCGCCUCGUUCUGCAGCGUCCGAAAAGUGGUCGGAAAAAUUCGGAAAAAAAAAUCGGAAUAAAUUCGAAAAAAUUGCCAGACGUCGAGCCGAAUCUUGUCGUAGAAUGCAUUAGGCUUCUUGUUCAGGAAGUAAAAUAAGACAUUAGCGACAGAGAACCGCAAUCGGCAGGGAAAAGUCUUCAACGCUGCGGCUUCUCGAGUCCUCGAGAGCGUCCCUGCAGCACCCUUUUCGCACUAACCAGUCGAUUCGUAAAAAAGGGCAGAAAAGCUCCGUUAAUAGCUGACUUAGUCACGUAACAUUUAACACUUAACACGUCGCAAGCGAUCCGCCCCUUCCCCGUUUCCCCGUUUUCCAAAAAUGAGACUGCAGUCGCGCUUUGUACAUAGCUUGACGGACAAAGACACCGUGUUUUUAAUAUUAUUAUUAAUAAUAUUAUUAUUAUAUUAUAAAUAUUGCGAGUAUUAUG